GUUUCUGCCUGCUGGAAGCUGCUGGGCUGUGCAGCCAUUGUGUAAGGAGGCUUAAGGGAUUUGGGGGAGCCAUGAGGCAGAGAUGCCAGCAACCUGGCUCAGCUCAGUCUCCACAGAGGGGCUUCGGCAGAAGGAGGGCUCAGAACAGUCUCCGCCACUCAGGUAGGCACCAGCGUAAGACCUGAAGCCCCCUACCUGAGAAGUCUAGGCUCCCAGACCCUUCUCUCCAAGAGCUUUGAAUCGAGGUUGUUAGACAUCUUCCUGUCAGGAAUGAAGAAUCCAGAUUCUCCACCCUCUUCCCUCAGAGCCAGGAGUCCAGGCACUUGCUUUCCCCACUCAGACCCAGGAGUCUACUCUUCCCCUUAAGCCCAUUCUCCAGCCUUCUUCUCAAACCCAGGGGUGUCCAGGAUACCACUCACAAACCACCCUCCCCUCUCCACAGAUCGCCAUGUACAGCUUCAUGGGUGGCGGCCUCUUCUGUGCCUGGGUGGGGACCAUCCUGUUGGUGGUAGCCACAGCAACGGACCACUGGAUGCAGUACCGGCUGUCGGGAUCCUUCGCACACCAGGGCCUGUGGCGUUACUGCCUGGGCAGCAAGUGCUUCCUACAGACAGAGAGCAUUGCAUACUGGAAUGCCACCCGGGCUUUCAUGAUCCUGUCUGCCCUGUGUGCCACCUCGGGCAUCAUCAUGGGCGUCCUAGCCUUUGCACAGCAGUCUGCCUUCACCCGCCUCUCCAGGCCCUUCUCCGCUGGCAUCAUGUUUUUUGCCUCCACUCUUUUCGUCCUGUUGGCCUUGGCCAUUUACACUGGAGUCACUGUCAGCUUCCUCGGCCGCCGCUUUGGGGACUGGCGCUUUUCAUGGUCUUACAUCCUGGGCUGGGUGGCCCUGCUCAUGACCUUCUUUGCAGGCAUUUUCUACAUGUGUGCCUACCGGAUGCACGAGUGCCGGCGUCUGUCCACCCCACGCUGAGACCAGGGACAAACCUUGCAGAUAGAAGUUACGAUGAAGGCACUGAAGAGGAAGGGGAGGACCUAGGAGCUGGAGGAAGUCUUGGCUCCUGAGGGAAUGAGGGGGCUCAGUCCUGGAUUCUAGAUAGGGGAGUCCCUGAUCCCUCUGUCCUGUGUGGGUCAGGUGGGAAGGAGUUGAGAAGACAUGAACCCCUACCUUGCCCGAAGGGUGGUAGAGAAAUGGAAACUCUUUUAGAGAGGCAUUUUGUGAUCUAAUAAACUGAUGUGAAACUAUCAAAGUGUGAGUCCUCACAGUGCUGGUUUGGAGAAAUGGGCUAGGGUGGUGGUUGGGGGACAGGGGUAUUCUGACAUGGUGUCUUCUCUUCCUCAGUUCUGCAGGGAUGGGAACAAGAUAAAUGGGUCCCUACCCUGGAGACGGCCAUGGUUUAAUGUCUAGAAAUGGAUGUGUGGGAUAACAGGAUGAACAAUCUGAUCUCAGGAAAUAAAGCUUCCCUGCUCCCCACCCGCUCCAGGCAGCGCCUUCCCUCU